AUUACAUUGUUAUACUUAUUUAAUGCUUAAGUCUUUGGACUUAUUUAUCUCUCUUAGAGCCCAGUAUUUUUUCCAAACAGUUGCGAUCAUAAGAUUAAUUACUUUCGUCAAAAAAAAACACAAUUUAAACAUGUCUAGAAAAAGGAAAACAUUCAACAGUUGCAUAUUACCUUGUCUAAUCUAUGGUUCCGAAACCUGGACCCUCACAAAAGCACAGAGAGAAAAACUUGUUGUAACAGGAGGUACACGCAAAAAGAAAAAGAGCAACGGAGAGGAGUAUGACUGGUUAUUAGCCUUAAAGAAAAUAGGCACAAUGAUUUAAGAUACACCUAAACUCACUGACAUAUCAGCAAAAAUGGAGGAGGUCAGGGCAUACUUUACGUGACAAGGUAGGAAAGUGUAGCUGGGAAGCUAUAGAAUAACUCUUGGGAAGCUACCCAAAAGACGGUAAACGAAAUCAAGGAAGACAUCACACAAGGUGAGACGACGCUUUAGUAAUGACAGCUGGGUUAUUAACAGCAAGAUUGUUAAAAACAAAAA